AUGUUGGUCACUCGCCGUAUCGUGUCUUGGCCGCCCUCAAAUAAGCGCUGGUGGGUGCGCUACAAAAAUAUAGAAAGGGACGAUCGCUACCAAGAGGCGGGUCUGCUUCACUACGAGCUCCUCGAGAAGGCUCGACACAUCUUCCGUGGGCCUGCGGACCUGAGUCGCCUGCGCUCUGCUUCGGGCUGGGUGGUAUCUUCGACUCCCCGCUGGGCGACGUACAAGGAGUUCGCGCAGGGCCAUGGCGCAUUUUGGGGCAUCUCGGCCGAAGCCAUGGCGCUGGUUCUGUAUCACAUGUCCACGUACGAGCACGCGAGCGCUGCGGAGAUUGAAAGAUACUGGCUGGCUGUGGACUACUGGUUUGAGAACGUUGCUGAGGAGCCGUACGACGAAGGCUUGUGGCACAACGACGAUGGCGAAUGGAGGGGGAAUCCGGCCACAGCGGACGUCGUCUUCCGCGCUGUCAAUCACGCACACGAUCUGGACGCGGAUAUCGAACCGAGUGUCAGGAAAGCAUCUCGCCGCGCGUAUCUAGAAGAAGUUGCGCGCCAAAAAGCUCGUGAACAGGCUCGUAAGGCGAGGUUGCAAGAGUACGUGGAAGUAUGA